AUGUUCAACUACCAUGGCACCACCCCCAAAGAACGCGCCGAAGUCUCUCGGCAGUUUGCCAAAUUCAGCUUCCAAAGACCCUUCUCUGUUUUGAGAGGAAUCAUGGAUCACAACGAGGAGAACAUCAUACAGCCUCUGAUCAGUCUCGAUAUUUCUGACGCGAAAAAGGACCUCGUCCCAGACCACACAGUCCUCGCAGGGAUGUUCGGCGGCUUCAACCUCUCCAACUACCCCAGGUAUGAGAUUACACACAGCACCAUCGAUUGUUGCGAAUUCGUCGUGGACCUCGCCGAGGAAGAACAGUCACCCACAGGAGUCCCGACCCACCUCCUGGCCCGACUCGAAAAACCUCGCCCCAACAAUCAGCUGUUCUGCUCGGCAGCUUUCCAGAGAAUUGCCCAUCGCAAAAUGCCAUCCGUUGUGCCCAAGGUCUGGGGCGUGGGAACGACGAUGACGGACGAGGGAGUCGAACUUCACUACCUCCUCAGUCAGUACUGGGAAGGCGCUGUCUGUGUGGAGGCUAUCUGGGAGGAGAUGAAUUACCCUGUUCAGAAAUCCCUCAUGGAGGAUGUCGCCACAGUCAUUGCAGAUCUCCAGGAGAUCUCUGUCGAUGACCUAGAGAAAGAAGACUGGGACAUCCUGGCAGAGCAUCCGCUUCAUUCAGAGGGUGUGGAUGACAUCCCGAUGGUGGGAAACUCUCAGGUAGGCUGGUUCAAGGACAUGGCGUCGUUCCUGAUGAGCAAGCUCGCACCCGGUCAGGCCAAGUACAGCAUCUCCACCACGGACGACGGCUCAGUCGUUUUCUCAGGGACUUUUGGAGAGAGCAGGGUACCCUCGCGCUACGAGAUCCAGUUCACGCCCGAGAACCUCGCCUACCUCCUAGACGCCUGCGCGCUGUGCCACAACGACGUCGAACCCCGAAACAUCAUCAUCCGGCCCACGCAAACCGACCACGGUCCAGGAUACGAGCUCAUCGCCAUCACCAACUUCGAUUCUGCAGGUUUCUUUCCCUUCGCUUACGAGACUGUCAUGAAAGACCUUUUGCUGGGACAGCGGAACCGAAUCGGGAGCUGGUACGAUCUGUACAAGGAAGUCACGCAUCACCUGCUGUAUGUCAACCCGGAUCUCGAUAACGCGACUAGCCAGGAGAAGUUGAUCAAGGCUGUUACUCUUGCGGACAUUGGUCAGAAGCAGAUGCAGGCGUUUCAUGUGGGCAAUCGCGUCCAGAUGAAGUGGUUGGAGCGCGAGGGGUAUCACCGAGGCGAGACUGCGCAGGAGGGUUUCACACGAGCGGAUGACUUUGACUUGGUGUAUACGGAGAUUGAUGACGCUGAGCUGGAGGAAGAGGCAUUGCAGGAACUUGGUUACCUCUAG